AUGCUAAGAUUGAUUCUUACUGGUUUCUGCGUUCAGGUUGUUGGGACCCUCUUUACACACCAUCAGAAAUGUGUGCUAGUGGAUACACAAGCAUAUGGAAAUAACCGAAAGAUAACUGCAUUUUUGGGGGGUCUUGAUCUUUGCGAUGGUCGCUAUGAUACUCCUGAGCACAGACUGUUUCGCGAUCUUGACACUGUAUUUGAUAAUGAUUUUCAUAACCCUACAUUCCCUGCAGGAACUAAAGGUCCAAGACAACCAUGGCAUGAUUGGCACUGCAGAAUUGAAGGUCCUGCUGCAUAUGAUGUCCUUAAAAAUUUUGAGCAGCGUUGGAGAAAAGCAACAAAAUGGUCAGAGUUUGGCGGGCGUUUCAAAAGGAUAUCUCAUUGGCAUGAUGAUGCUUUGAUAGAGAUCGAACGUAUCUCAUGGAUACUUAGUCCUUCUCCAAAUGUUUCUUCUGAUGAUCCUAUCCUUUGGGUCUCCAAUGAAUGGCAUCCUGAAACUUGGCAUGCUCAGGUUUUCCGAUCAAUUGACUCUGGAUCCGUAAAAGGAUUUCCUAAAUCGGUUCAUGAUGCUGAGGCUCAGAACUUUGUCUGUGAAAAAAAUUUGAAGAUCGAUAGGAGCAUUCAAACAGGAUACAUCCAGGCAAUUAGAUCUGCCCAACACUUCAUAUAUAUUGAAAAUCAAUAUUUUCUUGGAUCAUCCUAUGCAUGGCCAUCUAACAAAACUGCAGGUGCUAAUAAUUUAAUCCCAAUGGAGUUGGCACUAAAGAUUGCUAGCAAAAUUAAAGUUAAAGAGAGAUUUGCAGUGUAUAUUCUCAUACCAAUGUGGCCUGAGGGUGUUCCUAGUUCUGCUUCUGUGCAAGAGAUUCUGUUUUGGCAGAGCCAAACAAUGCAAAUGAUGUAUGAAAUUAUUGCACAGCAGCUACAAGACAUGCAUCUUGAGAACUCUCACCCUCAAGACUACCUGAAUUUCUAUUGUCUUGGUAAUCAGGAACCUGAUGGAACUUCACGGCCAAGUAGCCAACCAUCUACUAAUGGUGAUGCGGGGUCUGCUGCCCAAAAGUACCGGCGGUUUAUGAUUUAUGUUCAUUCCAAAGGAAUGGUAGUAGAUGAUGAAUAUGUCAUUGUAGGAUCUGCCAAUAUCAAUGACAGAUCAUUGGAUGGUUCAAGAGACACAGAGAUAGCUAUGGGUGCAUAUCAGCCACAUCACACAUGGGCUGAGAAGAGACACCCGCAUGGUCAGAUAUAUGGAUAUAGGAUGUCUCUCUGGGCUGAACACCUAGGGAUGGUAGAUGACCUCUUCGAGGAGCCUCACAGUUUGGAUUGUGUAAACUAUGUGAAUAAAUUGGCUCGUGAGAACUGGGAGACAUACGUAGCUGAGGAAGUUAAACCGCUGCGUGGCCACCUUCUCAAGUACCCAAUCUCGGUAGAUGCCAAUGGGAAGGUGGGUCCUUUGCCUGGACAUGAGAAUUUUCCUGAUGUUGGUGGUAAGAUACUUGGGACUCCCUCCUCCCUUCCAGAUGCUCUGACCACAUAGUGUGCAAUCAUUUUCUUGUUCAUAUGUGUUUGA